AUGGAAGAGAUCAUGACGGAAUGGAAGGAUCGAAAAAGGGGCAUGGAUUCCGGAGCGCAAGGGUUGGCCAGCUCUGGAGGACCGGUGACGAUACCUCUCGGCCCUGGUGAAUGGGAUGAGGGGCUUGGAAUCCCUAUGUGUGUGGUCUGUCAAGGGGCGGAUAAGAUCGAGAAACUGGAAAAGGACCACGGAUGGCGUGAAGAGGAGUUUGACUUCAUUCUUCAGUUUAUGAGGACCAUUCUUCUGAAACAUGGCGCAUCGUUGAUAUAUACCACCGCGUUCCUCGCAAACUCCUUGCAGAGUUUGAUACAUUCGUCCCUUGGAAUACAUUCGUUACUGAAGCGACAAUCGCUCAAGCACAAUGUGAUUGAUCGGGACAAGAUUUUGGUGCCUCCGAAUUGGGAUUCAUGGGGGAAGAUUCGAAUCAUCAGAGAGGGUUUUGAUAUGGAAGGUGUAUCAACUGCUUGGUCCAUCGAGAUCCAGGACCCUCCCGAGCCACUCACUGGAGCCGUCGAUCAACCUCAGGAGGACAGCGCAACGGGUGCCGAGGACGGGACCAGCGCUGUGGCAAUAUUCGAACAAACGAUCACAGAUCCAAAGCGCAAUACCGCGAUAGCGCAUCCCGGAAGCCAAAAUAGCGCGAACAAGAUUGAAGUGGAGACGCUGGACAUGCAGAGCUUCCUUGCCAAGCAACUAGAGGUCCUUGAGCAGUUGAAGCUGGAAGAUGAGAAGGAUCGUGCGACAAAACAAGUACCUCAUCUUGAAAUGUCACCUUUAGAAGAUAACGGUCGGGUAAAUGAGCACAUCGGGCCGGUGCAAUUCAACAUGGGAGGUAUUCAGGUCGACGCUGACGACAUGCUGCGGAAACUCAAAGUAAGCUGCCGAAUCAACCUCAACGGAGAUGUGCUUCGAACUUUUUGCUAA